AUGCCAAAGGAGCACGUACCAAGGAAGUCAUUUGGCAAAUUGUUUAAAAGCAAAGCUACAGCUGUAGAUGGGAAUAGAUCACAGGAUACAAUAGGAACUGCUAAUCGACUGCGGAAGCUACUAUGCAAAAGUAAAAUAAAGCAGCAAUUAGUGCCGGCUGAACCUCAGUGCAGAAUUCCUGGCCAUUUUAGGGACGGACGAAAGGUGCAAGUCGAAAAGUUUGCGUAUAACGGUGCACCACAAACAGUGCCAUCCACUCUUAAUAUCAACAAAAGGUAUGUUCACUAUGAUAUCAGCACCAAGCCUUUGAUUGUGAUGCUUGCAAUCUCAAUCGUAUUUCUCGGCUGUCUCCUGGUACUCAAGGACAUCAUCAUCCAAUCCUCGCAAAACAUUUUGAGUAUUUCCAAAUGGAAAAUCAUAGGGGCCUCGUUUACUGGCACGCCCUAUACAGGUCUACUCAUGGAGCUCGUUGUCACUGUGCUUUCACCAUUGUCUGCUGUAUCGUCUUGGCUGUCAUUCAUCUUUUGA